GCUUCACCACAAACUUCUCGCUGCUGCGUCCUCGCGUCCUUCUCGAACCCUUCACGGCCCUCUCCGCCUGCCUGUUCAGCUCCACCUCCCUCUGCGCUUCCAGAUUGCACCCCGCCCUGGCAUGCCUCUCGCCUGAACAGACGUGCUUAGAGCCAUGCACUUUUUUCGCAACCGUCUGCUUCCCGCAGCCUGCGUCGGCGUGCUCCUGCUCUGCCUUCUGCGUCUCGGCCUCUCCGCGCCCUCCUUCGCCGCCCCGGUCGACGACAAGCCCGGCCUCGCUCACUUCGUCGCCGCCAUCCUUGCGCCGUCCCAGCUCGAGUCACCGCUGAUGCUCAACGACGAGGAAUGGGCCCUCUCCUCCGCUGCCGACUCUUCCUCCACCUCGACCUGUUCGUCUGGCGACGGCUUCAUGAGCUGCAGAACCGACAACCCCGACAAAGCCCGCCCGGAUCUGCCUGACCUCUUUGCAGUCCUCAACGAAGGCCAAUACCCCGCCGACCUCUGCGAACUCGACUGCACAGCCUCCUCCGCCUGCUACCAGCUAGGUUUAUGCGCCCUGCCUCUCUCAUCGUCAUCGCCCUCCUCCUCGACCUCAUCAUCCUCACGCGGCACCGAAAUACCACCAAAAUCUCUACAAAUCUACAAGCCGGCCCUAGUCGCCCUCCCCGAGCAACCGCAAUCGACUCACCUCCUCUCAUCCCUUCUCGGCCCCUCCUCAAAAACCACCCUACUCCUACGCGCAUUUGCUCAAAGCAUAUACAAACUCAACACCUCGAACGACCCGCCAAUCUCGACUUUUACCGUCAGACCCCCACAGUCCUCUACCGAACUAGCCUCAAAGCCCACUGCUAUUCGGAUAACACCUUCUCUCGCAACCCACGAUCCCUCUGCUGACUCGGAAUCGAACGCAUUGCCCCUGUCUAAGGAGGUCGAACCGGCCGACGACAAGACUACCGAAAAAUCGACCGGCGAGCUCGACAUCAUACCAAAAAUCCCGGUCACUGUGCAAGAAAAAGUACAACCGAUCCUGGAAGAUGGACAAGCACAUAGCCCAGAAGAGCCGGAAACACGGAAGCACGACGAAGAACUGGAACAGCCGGAUCAGCUGGAUCAGCUCGAGUCCUCACAACUCUCACAAGACUCAACGGCAUCCGGCGAGGCAAAACACUCGCCGAUGCAGUCACAGAAGCAAAACAAGUCGUUGGGUAUCGCCACGCGAUUGAACGUCCGGCAAGUACUGGAGGACGGCAACCACCGAUCUUCGUCUUGUCUUGGACUCGUCAUCGCCAUGCUCUGCUUUGUUGGUAUGGGCAUGUAAGCUGGCGUUUUCCGUGUUUUGCUUCAAAUUAUCGUUUCGUUGUCUUCAGUCAUUCGGUUCAAAUACCUGUUAUCGAACGGUUUCUUUUGUUUGUUUUGUUUUGCUGAGUCUUUCGGCCAUGAUUAGCCAUAAAAGCAGCCGGCAUGCCGCAGUUAGCAGGUACUCGUCUAUGUAUACGGCGCGACUGCUACGGCAAACUUGACGCAUUAUGAGCAUUAUCAUCCAUAUCGUUG